AUGUCCACUUGUAGGACGAGUAUUGUGUCCAUUCUGAAUAAUGAUGAUAACCCAUCUUUUGCGGUCCGUUCCGCGCCCCGACUUAGUCGGACUCACAUAUCAUCAUCACAAUAUCCACAUUCAGAGCGACCACCCUCUCCUAUCAGCGACCCACAGUACACCCGCCCCGCAGCUUCAUCCCAAUCUCCAGCAACAUCACCACGAGGGAGCAGGCAUCAUUCAGACGCGGUGACGGAAGUCGCCCAGCCCGCUUCGCCCGGGUCGUCCGAUGGCUCAGCUUACGACUAUCUCACCAGUCAACCAUCAUCUUACCACCCGUAUGCCCGGCAGGAUCCGCGACGGGAACCAUACCGAUUCCCAGCUCGCGGGCCAGCAGCUCCCCGAACAUCACCCGAGACUCGUUCAACCACAUCCGAAACGGCUUCUCAGACCGGAGCGACGCGCGGCACGGGGCGAAAGAACAAGUACCCGUGCCCCUAUGCCGCGAGCCAUGGGUGCUCUUCCACAUUUACGACUUCGGGCCAUGCUGCGCGCCACGGCAAAAAGCACACCGGCGAAAAGAGCGUGCACUGUCCGAUCUGCAACAAAGCCUUUACGAGGAAAGACAACAUGAAGCAGCACAUCCGGACCCAUCGCUCACACUCGGACGAGAUGCGCUCUAUUUCCGAGCCAGAGCCUGAUGCUCGGUGGGCGAUGGCUCGUCCUGACGCGGUAUACGCCUCCGUCUCGCACCAGCGCAAUGUCAGUCAACCCAUCGAGGCAGGUGUACGGCCUGUCCCAGGGUCUGUCCCAGUGCCUGGUCCCCAGGCGCCCUAA